CAUGUCUGCCCAAACACAUUCUUCAGCUCCUUCUCCUUCCCCAGAUAAUGUGCGUGUUCACGGUGCACUUGGCUUUGUGUGGCACAUUAGUGAAGGACGUAGCUCUGUGGAGAAGAAGGUCAUUGACCGCGACAAUUCUCAUUGCGGCAACCGCAACAUGGAUGUUGCUGCAAGUGUAUCAAUUCCACUUCGCUACUCUUUUCUCGUGGCUGGCCAUGUUUCUUGUCGCUUCAUCCUUCCUCUGGGCCAAUACGCUUAGACUUUUUGGCAAGGCACCUCUGACCUUGUCGGAUUUGGAGUUGACCGAAGAGUCAGCUCUGCAAAUGGCGUACGUUGCUCGAGCAUGGAUCGAAGAAGGAAUAAGGUUGCUGUUCCGGGUGAGCUCACAAGAAGACUGGUCUUUAUUUUUAGGAGCUGUGGCCGGAUUGAUGUUGCUGUCUUACGUUGCGAGCAAAAUGGACCUCUUAACUGUGCUAUAUAUAGGUACACUGGCGAGCACGACAGUUCCAGUAAUUUAUAACAAUAACCAGAGUAGGAUUAAGAGUUCGGUGGAGUGGUUGAGAGUGAAAUCCAAGAGGGCUUAUGACAUAUUUGAUGAGAGGGCCAUUCAGAAGAUCAAACGAAGAGUAAUCAACGAGAACGAGAUGAAGAGAGCGAAUGAAAAGAAAGCACGGUAAUUGCCUUCGUUGCCAUGUUGUAUUGCAUAUAUAGAAUCCGCGAGCUGAAAAUGUAUAUGCUAAUAUUACCUACACAUCAAACAAAUGGUGAUGGCUGUAUCUUUGACAAGUUCCAUUUGAGAAUAGUGAUAGCCUUUACUCUUUUUUAUUUUUCCUUCUCCGAACGAUAGGUUUAGUUUAAUGAUUAAGGCUCCUACCCCGUUGACGUUGACUUAGUCGCAAUGAUAGAAGCAUUAGAAUUUUUUAAUUCGUGUUCGGUCACACACAGUGAAUUAGUAUUGGAUCACUAGUGAGAUCGCAUGACAGAGAAGAAAAACAAGGCAAGAGUGUAUCUGAAGCGUCGUUGUAAGCAUUCACCCUCCAUGCAAGAAGAAAGUUGGUAAAAAAUAGUUUUAUUGUCAAGAUCGAUUCUUUGAAGCCUUGAUAAGUUUGUUUUUGAAUUUAGUAGCUUGCUGAAUACCUCACAUGCUUUAUUUUCGGCUUCGCCGUUUACCCAUUUGCGACAAAAUGAAAACUAAAUAUUAGCUAAA